AUGGAAGUAACAUUAUCAGGGCAGGAUAGUGCUGGGCCCUUAACUCGUGGGUGGCAGUGGCUCAAGGCCUUGCGUAACAAAUUUUGUGCUGAAGUAAUGGAGAUUGUAAUGAUGACAAAGAAAAUUGGACAAGAUGACCCAAGAAGAAUAAUUCAUUCCCUAAAAGUUGGACUAGCUCUCACACUGGUUUCAUUGUUCUACCUCUUUAAGCCACUCUAUGAUGGUUUAGGAGUUAAUGCAAUGUGGGCUGUUCUAUCUGUUGUUGUUGUCUUUGAAUUUUCUUGUUCUUGUUCGUCUUUCACAGGAGCAACACUCGGUAAAGGUUUAAACAGAAUGUUGGCAACAUUUGUAGCUGGUGCCUUAGGUGUUGCUGCUCACUGCUUAGCAACUCUUUCUGGGAGGAAAGGAGAACCCAUCUUAAUAGCAACUUUUGUCUUCAUAAUAGCUGCAAUUGUGACAUUUAUGAGAUUCUUUCCAAGAAUGAAGGCAAGAUAUGACUACGGGCUGUUAAUAUUCAUCUUGACCUUCAGCUUAGUAUCCAUAUCGGGUUACCGAGAAGAUCAAGUGCUAAAAGUGGCCUAUGAGAGGGUAUCAAACAUCAUAGUCGGUAGCUGUAUUUCUGUCAUUAUUUGUAUUUCCAUUUGCCCAGUUUGGAUUGGUGGGGAUCUCCACAACUCUGUUGCCGCCAACAUGGAACGGCUUGGGAAUUUUUUGGAAGCUUUUGGAGAUGAAUAUUUUAAAGUAUCUGAAGAACCGCAAUCCAAUGAGAAUAAAUCAUUUCUUCUAGGAUAUAGAAGUGUUCUAACUUCUAAAAGCGGUGAAGAAACAAUGGCGAAUUUAGCAAGAUGGGAACCAGGUCAUGGUCGGUUUGCGUUCCGUCAUCCUUGGAAAAUGUACCUAAAAAUCGGAAAUCUUACUCGGGAAUGUGCCUACAAAGCUGAAGCUCUUAAUAGCUACCUUAACUCUAAGUUCCAGACUCCUGCAGAAAUCCGUGGAAAAAUUCAAGGGCCAUGCAAGAAGGUUAGCCUCGAAUCUAGCAAAGCUUUAAAGGAGCUGGCGUCCACAUUUAGAAAAAUGGUUCGGACAAGAUCAGCUAUGCUGCGCAUUGGUCCCUCAAGGACUGCUGCUGAUGAGCUGAAAACCCUCCUCAAAACAAGCCUGUGGGAAGAAGCAGAUCUACUAGAGAUUAUACCAGCUGCUUCAGUUGCUUCACUUCUACUUGAAAUCAUUGAAUGCGUUGAGAAAAUUGCUGAAGCUGUUUAUGAAUUGGCCAUGGGCGCAUCUUUUAGGAGCAGUGAUUCUACAGUCUCACCCCAACAACCAGAUUUGCACCACCGGGGAGCAGUCCAACAAGUUUCUGACAAUGUCAUUUCAAAUCACGUUAUUACUGUUGGGGAAUAAAUAUAAAAAAAUGAGAGUUGAAAACGUUGUGAAAUAGUGAUAAUAUAUUUUAUUGUCACUCAGCUUCCAAGAAAUAAUUUUAAUACAGAAUUAACUUUAAUGAUGCGUAGCCGUAAUAAUGGGGUUGCCACCCGAAACUCCAGUUGCAGCAAUAUGGUUAGGCCAAGGGUAUAUUAAAACCUCCCCAACAUCCGAAACUUGAU